AUGCUGGGAAAAAAGGCCUGCUCGAUGUCGAUCGAGGUCACGGUUAUAUCCGCCGAGGGCUUGCAAAAGGGCCGUGACCGACCCGUGAAAAAAGAUGCGUUUGUCGUCGUGAGAUCCGACCCGUUUACAUCCCGAUCGACACGUGUCGAUAGAGACGGCGGAAGCUACCCGUUUUGGAACCAGAAACUGACGAUGGAGUUGCCGGAAAACACUCGUUUCAUAACCGUGGAGGCCCACGCAGGCAACCGAGUCAUCGGGGUGGCGAAUAUUCCGGUGGAGGAUUUCGCCGGCGGUCAACUGCCGGAGAAUUAUUUGAGUUUCUUGAGUUAUAGGCUGAGGGACGGUCGAGGGGGGAAGAACGGGAUCAUUAAUGUGUCGGUGAAGGUGAACAGGCGGUCGGGAGGUGGUGGUGGUUUGGUUGGGCGGCGGCCGGUUGGUGUGGUUAAGGCGGAGGACGGCGGGAUUUGUGGCGGUGGUGGUGGUAGUGGUAAUGUCGUGACGGGGAUUCCUGUUUCUUAUAGGUUUUGA